AUGACAUUACCUGAUAUAGAGAAUGACGAACAACUUCAAGAAGCUUUUCGUAGAAGAAGGGAAAAACUAGAAAAAAUAAGAAAAGUCAAAAAGAUACAUCAAUAUUUUAGAGAUAAAUUUAAUAACUAUAUUCGUGAAUCCUAUGCAAAAACAAGAAAGGAUAUACUAGAAGGUACUCAUCCAAAAGUCAUUAAGUUAAUAAAAAAAUGUGAAAGUAGACGCGAUAAAUCUUUACAGAAAGUUGAGACAUUAGCCAAAUUGAAAUAUGAUACCUUAAGACGAAAACAUGAGGCAGAAGAGGCUACAAUUAGAAGAAGACAGGAGGAGGAAGUUUGUGCUGUAGCACAACAAGAAAUAGAUAAAUUAGAUGUAGAAAGAGCAUCUGUAUUGGAUAUGGCAAAAUCACUUGGGAUGUAUGAUAUUGUUGCCUUGUUUGAUGAUGAAGUUGAUGAUGCUAAUGUAAUAUCUGAUUUUAAAAAUUUACAACCUUCAGUAAAGUCCGAAGUAAAUGUUAAAAUUGAAGGACGACCAAAUAACUUACCUUUUGUGUCACCUACUUCAGCACAUUUCUUAACAGAAUUGUCAGGAUUGGCUAGUACUUCCAACGACUUCCAUGCAAAAGUUCUUGAGGACAUCAAUUUUAUGAAGUCAUAUUUAUUACAAAAUAAAAAAUAA